AGAGCCGUUGCGGAUGCUGCGGCGGACGGGUCUGUUUUACGCACAGAGUCGGAGACUACCUCGUGCGUACCACGCGUGUUCAAAAUAAUCUAUGUAGUUGGAUAUCAGUGUGAAAUGACACUUUGUGAAAAUUCAGUGACGGUGACAUUAACCAGGGUCCAAUAAUAGCGUCUACGCAUCGUUGGUACAUCCCUACGCGACGGGGCGAUGUUAAGAGCGACCACGACGGCGUUGGCGUGCCUCUGCUUGGCGCGCACCUCGCCCGCCGAGACGCACAACCUACGCCUUUACACGCAGCAGAACAACCUCAACCAGAAGGAUUUAACGGGUAUCCUGGCGAACAUCGAGGAAAGGUUGCGGGUGCUGGACUCUGUCAGUGCAGCACAAGCGAAACAAGCGCGCCGGCUCGACGUCAUACAAGAUAAAUUAGAUCGUGUGGAGACCGCUUUAUCCCUGAGGUUAGAAAGAGCUCAGUUAGCAGCCGAGCGACUAGAACAUCGGUUACAUAUGCUCCAAACUAGCGUGCAGACUUCUAUCAAAGAGAGUAGUGAGAAGCUGGAACGUAGUCAAAUGAAGAUUUCCGAAUUAGCGCAAAAUUUAACAUCACAAAUUAUGUUACACAAACGCUUGUUGGAUAAGGUAAAUGGGGCGUACGCAGACACGUGGCACCGAGGUCUGGUGUUAGAAGCCCUAAUGCGCGACGGUCUGUCAUUGGUGAACGUGACGCGACGUGAGCUAGCCGACGGGCUACGAGCGUUAGCGCGACGACAACGCGACGCAAGGUUCACCUCCGCCGACCUCGAGGCCGCCUUCACGAAACGUCUCAAAGACAACACUUAUAAGAUCGAUCUGAAGAUGAAAGAAUUGCUGGAUGUGCAAAAGCGUUUCGUAGAUUCAUGUCAACGAGAACAGCUAGACGACCCCAAUCAAGUAGCCGACGUCCUGGGCAAACUUAUCGACACACUUAUCAAUAAGACUGCGUCAACAUUCCACGAACUUCAAAACAUUCAAAUUACUAUACGAAAUCACGACACGAAGGUACAAAAAUUGAUCAGCUCUAAUCGAAAUGUUCAGAGCGACUCAACAUGCCGGCGCCUCGAGAGCGUAAUUCGAAACACGACACAUGUAACGUUCAAGGAGAAUGAAUUGCAACAGUUGACGGAGAAAUUAGUGGACCUGACCAACCGCGCGGACGCCGCCCUACAACGGCUCGAGACGAAACUCAAAGACGAGGAACCAUCAUCUAACAUUACAGAUGCUGACCAACUCCUACAAAAACUUAAUGGAAUAGGGGAAGACGAAUCUGAUGAAGAGAUUGAUUAUGAAGAGGACAACCCAGAAGAGAAAAAUUUCUACGACGACGGUGGUGGUGGCGAUAUAAUGGAUGAAGACAAAGAUAUACUCAAUGGUAUUAACAAAAGCAAUCAACUCAAGAAAGAAGUCACUGAAAGGCCACUACACCGAAGACAUCUUCACAAACACCCCUAUGAUAGAGGUCCUAGUUGGCAAAACUAGUUUAUUCCAGAUCAUGGUUUUCAAUUUUGUAUUAUGCGUGUUUAUAAAAUAAAAUUAAUACUUUAUC